AUGGGAAAGAAGCCAGUCCUUAAGCGAAAUUUCGGCAUUCUAUCGAUCCUCGGCUUCAGCUGUACGAUUCUGGGUACUUGGGAAGGCCUGCUUGGUACUUUCGUUGGCCCUCUCACAAAUGGUGGCUCCGGUGGUGCGAUCUAUGCCUACAUCUUCGGUUGGGUUGGCUGUUUUGCCAAUUUCAUGGUCUUAUCGGAAUUGGCCUCCAUGGCGCCUACCGCAGGAGGCCAAUACCACUGGGCUGCCAUGCUUGCCCCCAUAAAACACCAAAAGUUUCUGGGUUUUAUUACAGGAUGGUUCGCUGUCCUCGGCUGGCAGAGUGCCUUCGCUGCCUGUGCCUUUUUGACAGGAAAGAUGAUUCAGGGUGCUGCGAUCCUGGGCAAUAACCUCUACAAUGCUCUGCCUUGGCAAGGAACAUUGAUUGUCUGGGGUUCGCUAAGUCUCUCCUUAGCCGUGAACUUGCUCGGUGGCAACUUACUGCCUCGCGCCGAGGCGGCCCUUUUGGUUUUGCAUAUUAUUGGAUUCUUCGGUAUCCUAAUCCCUCUUGUCUAUAUGGCGGAUCAUAACACAAAGGAGCAGGUCUUUCUGAGCUUUCAGAAUGGAGGAGGCUUUGCCACCCAGGGACUUUCAUGGUUCGUUGGUAUGACUAGUUGUGCCUUUGCCUUCGCUGGAGGUGAUGCUGCCGUGCAUAUGUCUGAAGAGGUCGCAAAUGCCUCGACCGUCAUUCCUCAUGCACUUAUGAUUAGUGUCGGAAUCAACGGUAGCCUCGGAUUUGGUAUGAUAAUUGCUAUGAUGUUCUGCGCAGACGCCGAUCUCGGUGGUAAGCUGGGCAGUAUCACAGGGUAUAACUUUAUGGGCAUUUUCAUAGAGGCAACAAACUCAGUACCGGGUUCAUUGGCCAUGUGUGCUAUUGUCAUAACUAUUUACGUUUGUUCCCUCAUGGGCCUACUGGCCGCAGCAUCUCGGCAGCUUUGGUCUUUCUCUCGAGAUAGAGGAGUGCCCGGGUGGCGAUUGUGGAGUCAGGUUUCUUCCGGCAAACAAUUGCCCGUUUACGCCAUCCUUGUUACAGUGACCAUCGCUGUAUUGCUUUCCUUGAUUAACAUUGGUUCCAAUACCGCCAUGGAGGACGUUGUGUCCAUGGCAGUGUCGGGUAUCUACCUCUCUUACUUCAUGGUUUCGGUUCUGCUGUUUUACCGCCGAGUCCGUGGCGACAUCUCCCUGUACAAUGACAGUGAUGAUGAUAUUGUCAACGUUCCCGGUGCAAAGCUUGUCUGGGGACCUUUCCAUUGCCCCGGCAUCAUAGGUACCGCGGUCAAUGGGUAUGCUAUUAUCUACGUCACUAUCGUCAUCUUUUUCAGCUUCUGGCCAAGCAAAAUGGACCCAACAGUGGAGACGAUGAACUGGAGCGUUCUUGCAAUUGGAGGGAGUGUUUUCCUUGCCAUAAUAUAUUACGCUGUGCGCGCCCGGCACGUGUACAACGGCCCUGUUGUGGAAAUCUCAAUUUAG